AUGGUGGAUUUUCCUGUUUCCAGAGACCAGAAUCAGAAAAAAUCAGUGUUGAAGUUACUGACAAAAAAAGCUCUCAACAAAAACCCAGAUGAAUUUCAUUAUCACAUGAUUAACAGUGAGUUGAAGGAUGGUGUCCACUAUGAGCGCGUGAAGGACGAGGAGCUGGCGGUCGGGCAUGUGCGGCAGGACCUGACCUAUAUCACCCACCGCCGUGCCAUUGAGAGGAAGAAGAUUGAGAAACUUAAGGCUCAGCUGCACCUGCUGGAAACAGACGAGGAGAAGCCAAAGAACUCGCAUGUCCUCUUUGUUGAUGAUGAGAAAGAAGCCAAGAAAGCCAGCCCAGCCAAGCUCCUUGACACUCACCCAGCACUGCUCAAUAGGACCUUCAACAGGCUUAAGACAUCGCAGUUGUCGUCACUACCGAGGGAGCUGAACGACCCUGAGAUUUUGAAGAAAGUAACCAUUUCAAAGGGCAAAGCCUACAAAGAACUGGCCAAGAGGAUAGAGAGAGAGGACAAACUCCGCAUUAUGCAAGAGAAGUUGGAAGUGCGGCAGCAGCUCAUGAAAAACAAGGACAAACAAGGCAAACCUCCAAAGCUAGUUGUCGAGGGAACCAGUAGCUCUGCACCUGUGUACAAGUGGCCACAGGAACGACAAAAAUAAAAGCUCAAAGAAAUUGAAAGACCUAUUGUUUAAUUAUCUACUAGAUCAACACAUGAGGUCAUUGGAGGCCUUUUAAACAGAAUUGUUAUUUGACAAGUUUUCAAAAGAAAAUAUUUUUGUGUGUAAUUUAAGGUAUAUUAUUCAAGUAAAGCUUGUUUUUCCAAUAAA